CUAUCGUUAGCAGAGUCGGAGCUCGUCUGACAGCCUCGCCGGAGUGUGACUAUCAUGAUUUUGUGAAGCUGGCCGACAGUUUCAGCUUUUUCCAACAGAAAUGUCGCUGCUGCAGGGCUCAAAGAAAAAAGACAAGCGUAUUUUGUCUGGUACCUGCCCAGACCCGAAAUGUCAGGCGAGGCUAUUCUUCCCAGCUUACGGCUCCAUUAGCAUCGAGUGCACGGAGUGUGGUCAACGCCACGAACAGAAGAACCUGUUAAAUGUCGAAGAAGUGACUGAUCCAGAUGUUGUGCUUCACAAUCUGCUCAGAAACGCCCUGCUCGGCGUCACCGGGGCCCCGAAGAAAGGGACGGAGCUGGUGAAAGUAAUGGGGCUUUCUAAUUACCACUGCAAGCUGCUGUCCCCGGUCCUCACCAGGUACGGCAUGGAUAAACAAACCGGCAAAGCCAAGCUGCUGAGGGAAAUGAACCAAGGUGAGAUGUUUGACUGCUCGCUCUUGGGAGACAGAGCUUUUCUAAUUGAGCCGGACCAUGUCUCCACCAUGGGCUACGGCAAGGACAGGUCAGGAAGCCUCAUAUACCUCCACGACACUCUGGAGGAGGUCAAGAAAGCCAACGGCAACAGGGAAUGUCUCAUCCCAGUCCAUGUAGAUGGAGACGGGCACUGCCUGGUCCAUGCUGUGUCCAGAGCGCUCGUGGGCAGAGAACUGUUCUGGCAUGCCCUGAGAGAAAACCUGAAACAGAACUUCAAGCAGAACCUGGACCGCUAUAAGGCCCUCUUCCAAGAUUUUAUCGAUGCUGCAGAAUGGGAGGACAUCAUCAAUGAGUGCGACCCUCUGUUCAUCCCGCCUGAAGGCGUGCCGCUUGGACUACGCAACAUCCACAUUUUUGGCUUAGCCAAUGUCCUCCAUCGACCCAUAAUCUUGCUGGACUCUCUGAGUGGAAUGAGGAGCUCUGGGGAUUAUUCAGCCACCUUCCUGCCCGGCCUGGUGGCUGAGGAGCAGUGCAGGGGGAAAGAUGGGAAGCUCAACAAACCUAUCUGCAUCGCCUGGAGCAGCUCCGGCAGGAACCACUACAUCCCUCUGGUGGGAAUCAAGAACACUGUGUUGCCCAAGCUGCCGGCCCGCCUGCUGCCAAAGGCCUGGGGUGUCCCUCAGGAGCUCAUCAGGAAGUACAUCAAGCUGGAACCAGACGGGAGCUGUGUGAUCGGCGGUGAUCGCAGCUUGCAGGAUAAAUAUCUGAUGCGGCUGGUCAACGCCAUGGAGGAGGUGUUCAUGGAGAAGCACAGCAUCCACCCCUCGCUGGUGGCUGAUGUGCACCAGUAUGUCUACAGACGGACCGGCGUGAUCGGCAUCCAGCCUGAGGAGGUGACAGAGGCAGCUAAGAAGUCGGUGAUGGAGAACCGACUGCACCGCUGCCUGAUCUGCAGCGCCCUCUCUGAGCUCCAUGUCCCACAGGAGUGGCUGGUUCCUGGUGGGAAGCUCUACAACUUGGCCAAAUCCACUCACGGCCAACUGCGGCCAGACAAGAACUACAGCUUCCCUCUCAACAACGUGGUCUGCUCUUAUGACCCCCAGAGAGACGUCCUCAUCCCAGAUUAUAAACUGAGCUCCCUCAACACCUGCAACUGGUGUCAUGGCACAUCGGUCCGCCACAUCCAUGGCAGCGGGUCGGUGGUUUACCUGGACGGGGACAGAACCAACACCCGCUCCCAGGGCGGGAAGUGCGGGUGUGGCUUCAAGCAUUUCUGGGAGGGGAAGGAGUAUGACAACCUCCCUGAGGCGUUUCCCAUCACACUGGAGUGGGGGGGUCGGGUGGUGAGAGAGACUGUGUACUGGUUCCAGUAUGAGACUGACCCGGCUUUGAACAGCAAUGUGUACGACGUGGCCAUGAAACUGGUCACCAAGCACUUCCCGGGGGAGUUUGGCAGUGAGAUCCUCGUGCAGAAAGUAGUCAACACCAUCCUGCACCACACCGCCAAGAAGAAUCCGGACGAAUAUAACCCGGUGUCCAUCGACGGGGCUCAUGUCCAGCGUCUCACUGACUCCGCGGAGACUCAGCAGGUGGCGGACCCCCAGCCGCCGACUAAGAUCAUCCUGACCGGUCAGAAAGCAAAGACGCUCCACAAAGAGGAGCUGACGAUGAGCCGAGCAGAGCGCAGCAUCCAGCAGAGCAUCAGCGAGCAGGCCUUCGUCACUCAGAAGCGACGGACUGACAAGCUGAAGCAGGAGCAGAAGGGCCACGGCCGGACGUCGUCCCCCAGUGGAUCACCGGAAACUUCCUCCUCUUCAGCUCCGGCCACGCCCACUAAAUCCUCCUCCCCCUCCUCGUCCAAUAAGGAGAAGAAGAUCCGUGUGACCACCAGUGACGGCAGGCAGGCCAUGCUGACCCUGCAGGCCCACACCACCUUCUCAGAGCUGCAGAGGAGCAUCACGAACCAGUUUGGUGUCCCGCCGGCGCAGCAGUGCAUCCGCUAUGGCUUCCCACCUAAAGAGCUAGUCCCCCCGAAGGACAGCGAGGAGAACGAGCCGGUGGCGCUGCAGCAUGGCGACAGGGUGACAGUGGAGAUACUGAGGGCCCCCGAGGACAAGAGCCCCCCGGCCUUCAUACCCCGAGCCUCCAGCUCGCAUUCCGCCCUGCACUCCGUAAAGAGCGAGGACGUCGUGACGACCGGCAGGAUGAGCAGUCGGGAACUCCAGGACAGCAUCGACCUUGAGAUGUCCUCCCUCUGUCUCCUAGCAACAUUAAUGGGUGAGGAUGUUUGGUCGUACGCAAAGAAGCUGCCGCACUUAUUCCAGCAGGGUGGCGUCUUCUACAACAUAGUGAAGAAAGACAUGGGUCUGAUGGACGGGAAGCACUGCACGCUGCCUCACCUGACGGGGAAAACGUUUGUUUAUAAUGCAGCAGAGGAGCGUCUGGAGCUCUGUGUGGACGCCGCCGGUCACUUCCCCGUCGGCCCUGAUGUGGAGGAGCUGGUGAAGGAGGCUCUGGUCCAGCUGCGCUCGGAGGCGGCCACCAGGGGCAGCAGAGAGGGGAGUCCAUCCCACGGCGUUCUGCGGUUGGGCAGCGGCGGCGUCGUCCUUAAGAAGGAGCAGCUGCAGAGCGUCACCGCAUUCCAGGGUAAAGGCCACUCCCUGGGCAGCGCCGGGGGCUCCUCCCCUCCAGAACACCGGCCUAUCACGCGCCAGCACAGCAGCGGUGUGGAUCUGAGUGCCAGCGUAUCACGAGGCCCCCCAGACUUGUCGGACAUCCCCGAGGACGCCACCAGGGAGCUGGUCCGGAUGGCUCCGGGCUUCGUCACCAUGAAGGACGGUCGUGGUCUGGACCCCAGCCUGAUGGAGCAGCAGCGGAGGAAGCUGCAGGAGAUGGUGUCCUCCAUCCAGGCCUCCAUGGAGCGCCACCUGAGACAGCAGCAGAGCUCUGCCGCCGCAGGGGGCGGGGCCAACCAGGAGCGGACAGGCGGGACAAAGACGGGCACGGACCAACCGGCGUCUACGAUCCACCACGAACCUCCAGCUGCAGCAGGCGCGACGGCGGCUGGCAAGCCAGACGGGAAGUCAGAGGAACUGGAGGAGAUGGAGAGUCAAGAUGCCGAGCAGAGCAACGCCACGGAACCCAUGGAUCACUCCUGAUCACGCCUGAACCCGAGCACCGCCCCACCCCCGCCCCGCCUUGCUGGCGCCUUUGGGUCAUAACGCCUCAGGUCGGAUCCUAAAGCUUUGGUCUUCAUUGUGUUUCGUUGUCUUUACUGCAUGACUAGAGAGCGAGCCGACCGCCCUCACCUCUCUGCAGAUGGACGAUAAUCCACGAAGCGAUAUAUUGUGACAGGCUGUCUGCGGUUACCAUGGAUACACGACCUGUGAAGCUUCACAGUGCAGUAAAUAAGAAACUCUACAUGUGAUUGAUUCCUGCUUUUGAGAGAAAUUAUUUUGCCUUUGUAGGUUUUUCUCCUCAGUUGAUGAUGUACUGUAAGCGAGUGUCUUACAGUGUAUCGCGAGACAGGAUUGUAUCUUUAGCCCUGUGUUUCCCACCUGCAGACGUCUAAUCCUCUCACCAUAAACGCGCCGAUGUCCGAGGGCGAAGAACCGCUCGGACUCAUGCGUGAGACGCAUUCCUGUAGAUAGAAGAAUCCUCCGAGUCUUAAUCCGCCACCUGGAGGAGAGCUGCUGGUCGCCUGCAGCUUCACCUGCAAACAUGCUUCCAUCAAAGUGCACGCUGGGAAAAGUGCACCGGCCUCUACGCAUCGACGCCUUCAUCGCUGAAAUCUGCUCGUUCACUUCAGUCUGAUGACGGGGAGAACUCUGAUCUGUGUUUGCUCGACUGUCUGACAUUUAACGUUCUUGUUUUCCGAAACACUGAUGUGAAGCACCUGAAUCCAGCUGCAGAGCGACCUGUGCAGGUGAGGGGAGGAACAGCAGUGCCACCUGCAGGUAAAGAGUGUUACUGUUUUUAUCAGAGGUUUUAUUUUGGACACAUUAAACCUCUAAACUUGUGUCUGCUGUCAGUGCAUAUCUAUCUGAAGUCAUUUAACAACUCCUUGACAACCAAAUUUAAACCAAAUUGAUGCGUUGUUAUGUUCAAACAACAGGAGUACUUGCUGAUAUAUGUUGAUCAGAUUUUUGGUGUCGGCCGUGAGAACGCGGUGUUGAUCGGGCUCCAGAAAUGAUCAGAGUUUCAUAUUUAUUCUGAAUAUUUCAACUCUAACUUUGUUGUAAUUAAAAUCCUUUUCAUGCUGAGUGUUUGUUGGUAGAACAGGCCCUGACCCCUGACCCCUGACCCUAACCCGCUACAGAUGAUAGUAUCUGGACACGUUUGUCUGCUGGUCAAGUGCCUGAAAACGCUUCAUGUGUCGCUGCUGCAUUCACAUUUAUAAGCGAAUAGAUGUCAGUGUUCAUUUAUAACAAAUCUUCAGAAGCUGAGUCAUGUUUGAGUUUGUGUAUUUGAUAUCAGCUGGAGCUCAGUGUGACAGUCAUCACACACACACACACACACACAGCCAAAGAAAACUACAGAAGUAACACUCGUUACCUGCUGGUGGCACAAGUUUCCAGUUGUCUUACAGCGAAGUCCUGCCUCUGUUCCACCUGGUUUCAUUUCUUCUGAUGUUUCUGAACAGUUAAAACACCGUCAAAUGAAAGAGAACUGAUCAUUCAGCUGAUGAUUUUAGCAAAAUAGAGCUAUUAUCUUGCCCACGAGAGCUUUUCCACAGCCACAGUGGAGCUGUAGGUGGUGAACGCCAACAAAGUAAAGGCUUUGUUUAAGUUUUUUGUUUUAAUUUGGAGACCAGCUUCCAGCAUAGUUUCAGUUUUUUAGGAAACAUACAGUAAGAAAGCGUCUAUUUUCUCCUCAGUGAAAGCUGAAGGUGCAGAGCGACUCCGGCUGUGUGAAGGUGCAGCAGGUUGGUGCUGCAGGUGUGUUGAACUGCUGUGAGUAAACAGCUCCCCCUUGUGGAGGAACUCUUGAAGUGAAUUUGUGGGGUUCAAGCCAGUUGAUUGAGGUGCUUCACAUGUAAAAGCAAAGCAAACAUCAGUGGAUCAGUCGUUACACUAAAUGCCCAAAUAUCAGAAGAGUUUUUUCUUUAGUCAAAGAAAACCAUCAUUUAUUUGUUUUUUCAGACGUGACUCUACUUUGACUGUAAAUGUAUGUUGCUGAACAGCAGUUAAAGUUGGCCAGUGGGAAGUAAGAGAAUGACUGAGUGUGAUUUCUGAGUUGAAAGCAGCAGUUUUUUAAGGCGCGGUCACAUCAUCCCUCCGUUCAGCUGCACUCGCUCACCCACAGAACCGACGACGACGAAGCUGUUCAUCACAAACUGUUCGUCCAGACGGGGUAACGAAACAUGCUGGAAUAAUAACGUCUGAGGUGUGAUGUGACCGUACCUUUAAUCUCAUUGGCUCGUUGGCUUUAUGUUUGAAACGCCCCGCUGAGAAAUCAGAAUGUGGCCAAAGACAAACCAGGUUCAGGUGUUGAGUCUAUGUGGAUCUGAUAUUUGGUGAAGAGGCCUGUCAGCUUCUGUCCUAUGCAAAAACAAAUCUUCAGUUCACUUCCAAAAGAAGCCCAAAAACUUAAUGCGUACGUGUGAGAAUCACAUCAACGUGUUGAACGUUGUAGUUUCGCAGCAUGUUGGCGACAGCAGGGAGCGAGUUUGACUCUUGAUUUCACGUCAUCGUCUCUGCCGUUCUUUAGUCGUGCAGCCAAACGUGCCGACGAGCUGCUGCAGACGUCUUCACAGUCAUCCAAUCACAAAGCUGCGUCGUAUGAAGCAUCAUCGGGUCACGUUGCCUCAGCUCGUGAUCGGCGUUCCUUCCAGAUUCUGGACGUGACUCAAGCUGAUUCUUUAACAAAACUCUGAUUUUGAACAAAUGUCCCUUAAAGACUUUUCUUUUAUCCUGCAGCUACAAGCUACACAGAGUGGCCAAAAGUAUGUGGACGGCCCUGUCCUCGUAGAGUAGCUUUGGUUUAUUUAUGGAUCUGGAAAACACUCCGAGAAAUGACACGUUAAAGUGAAAGCAGGUAUUUCCUGUUUGUCUCCCAGAGCAGCAGGUCACAUGUUACCCAUGCAGCAGUAAUGUUGGGUAAUGUUCUCAUGCGUUUGGCCGUGCAGUGUGCCUUCCCCCUGGUGGUCUGUGGUUCCCACAGUGUGGGGAGAAACCCACAGAUUUCUGUUGGCCUCUCUGUUCUUGCAGGGAAACGUUUUGCAGCAGCAGGAUAAGAGUCUUCGUCUUUACUUUAGGUUUUAUUAAACAACCUGCUGCUUGUCCUGAGUUUCAUGUUAAUUUUAUUCUUGAUUUCUGUCUGCCAAGAACUAACAACGCUGAAACAUUCCCUUUAAAUGUCUGCUUUCACCGUUUCCAGUUGGCUCCUCAUCGUUUUACUGUUUCUGAUGUAAUAAAAUGGAAAUGUUGGUAGUUCUUGGGAGGCAGAAAGAUGUGCUCGUGUUUUGUCCACUGAUUUUAUUUUUGAAGACAGCAGCUCGAUUCAAACCUGGAGACCCAAAUAUCCCAAACGACGAAGACGGGCGAGGCCGAGCAGUUUAGUGCUGAAGGGCUGUGGCAGAGAGGAACCACGACACCUGCUUAGAAUGACCUCUGCAGCUGUUUUCCCAGCAUCCUUUGUGUCUCAUUACAACAAGCCCUUUUAGGUCUCCAUUAAGAGCAUUAAGUUUCAGCGUCAGACGCCUGAACGGUGAAACUCUUUAAAGGAACAGUCCGACAUUUUGGGAAAUGUUGUUGGCAACGCUCUCGUUUUAUCGUAGCUUAGCAUAAAGACUGGAAAUGGGGGGAAAGAGCUAGCCUGGCGCUGUGGAGAGAUAACAAAAUGAUCAAAUUGUGGUUCUACAGGGGGGGUUUGUGCUGCACUGUAGACAACAACACGCAGUAGCUUCAGAUUUCACACACACACACACACACACACGGUAUCAGUCACUAAUAAUUUCCCAAAAUGUGGGCUUAUUCCUUUAAAACGACUGGAAGUCAGUUUACAGUUUUGUUGCCAACCAACGUUUUCUCCACGUCUCCGUGUUGCUUCAGGACAAACGUGGUGCUGCUGGAGGAGCCGAUCGUCAGGCCUUAAAAUCAAAUCCUCUUUUUGUUUUACUUUUAACAGUGUUGCUUUUAUGUCGGACUCCAUUUAUUUUAACUUCAGUCCUCAUGUUUGACCUUUUUGUUUUGUGAAAAAGAAAUGUGGGUCUGAGAAUGUGAAUCAGUCUUCUGGUUUUCUGCUCCCUGAGGUUUAUUUUGCAUUGAGGUGAACAAAUGUGAGACUCAGCACUUUGUCUGGGAAACAGAGGGAACGUUAGCGUAGCAUGCUCAUAUUAGCUGCACCUGAACCAUCACCGGUCAGAGAGGAAACAGGCGGGUCGCUCGGACGAAUCAGAAGGAAGAAAAGUUUGCGCAGACGACGCUGCUGUAACAGACUUGAAGUUUUUCUUUGUGACUGCUGUACUAAUGACAUGAAUUGUAAUCCAGCUGUAUAAUAGUAUAUAUUGUAGUAUAUUUGGACCUGUACAGAAACACAGAUUAUUCAGUUCCUUCAGUUCUUUUUUUUUUUUUUUGUUAACUUCUCUCUGGUUUGCUAAUAAAAUAUUGAUGAUACACGGCUUCAACAUCGCUGUUUGCAUGUGUGAUGAAUUUUCAACCCCAACAAUAAAAUCACUUCCUUCA